AGUAUUUUUAUUUUUCAGUCAAAAUUCAAAAUUUUAUAAAAAUUAACAUUUUUUUUAUUACAAUUAUCUGGACUCAAUAACUUUUUACUACAAACUCACUUCACUUUAGGAAAACAAUGAAAGUCAAUGAAGAUAAGGACUCCGAGAGUAGCAACAAUCGCGACGGCAUGUGCUGUUGCAACCCUGAACAAUGUCCCUAUGAUCAGACUUAUGUCUGGUAUCCGAAACAAGUAAGUAUUAAAGAGCUGGAAUAUGUGCGUCGAAUGGAAUCCGAGUUUACAUCUCUACAACGCGCUGUGCUUACUCUAACCACACAAUUCGCACGUUUGCAAUUUCGCAUACGACAAAUAGUCCACGCUGAACCCUCUAAACGCGAUGCUAUGCUACUUGAUCUUGAAAAUUUAGCAUCCAAUACUGCAAAUGGAGGAAACGAUGAGGUGCCACACAUACAGCGUGAUUCCAUAGAUAUGGGCGAUGUGCGCCGAAAACAACAUUUCAUACUCGAUCACCUCCAUCAACAACUAGCCACCCUGGCUGAUGAGCGGAGUUCGAAGUAUGUACCAAAAUUCGGUGACGAUGCACAGGCUGCCCGUAACGACCGUGGAGGCACAAGAAGUUUUGCGAAAGUAUCGGAUACUACACAAUACUCCGAGCCGGAUUUUAAUGCAUUCACGAGUGGUGCCGAUUCGGAGUACUCGGCCUCGAUUAGAAAUAAAGCUGACCAGUGGAGAGAAACUGAAGGUGAAAGUGACAAACAUCACUCGAGAAGUUCAAGUCGCAGUCGCAAGGGGCUUGUAGAGCUUUGCUUAUAAUAUUUGAUAUAUACAAUCGCACG